AUUUUCCUGCAGAUCUUUUGUUUGCUGCUGAGCUGUCCGGGCAGGUUUAUCUUCAAUGUUAUUACUUCCAUUAUCACUGCUUUUACCCUCAGCAGUGUCUCUGCUGUCAUGGCUGGACUCAGAUCUGUUUUAUUCACAUUAUGGAUAGUUUGUCUGGCUGGAGAAGACACAAAGAAUAUCACCGCAAAGCCUGGAGAGGACGUCCCUCUUCACUGUCAGGGUCCCAGAGAUGCUGACAUCCCAGGGAUAUUGUGGAGCAGACCUGACCUGGGCUCAGACAAAUAUGUAUUCUUCUUUAGAGGAAACCGUCCAUAUGAGAACUACCAGCUCCCCUCAUAUAGUGGUCGAGUGAACCUGAGUGAUCCGGAGAUAAAGGACGGAGACGUUUCUGUUGUUCUGAGGAAUGUCAGCAUCAACGACACCGGAACAUAUGAGUGUCAAGUUAUAAUCAGGGGGGGAGACGAACCUAAACACUACAGCACCAUCCAGCUAAAUGUCACAGUCUCAGAUCACACAGUUGGACACACUGUGGGAGGAAGAGACACUGAUGGAAAUCUUUGGUGGGUAGUUGGUGUGGUUGUUGGUGGGCUUGUUGGUGUUGUUGUUGUUGGUUGUAUAAUUAAACAAUACAGAGAACAUAAACGCAGGCAUAGGGGUGUUACAUGUGGGGACAGUGGGGUAGUCUAAUGUAUUGUAGUGGGUAUACUGUACUGUAUAUUGGCCAG